AUGGCUUCCAAAAUCUUUUCCGUUUUCGCGGUUUUUUAUCUGUUUUCUGCUCAGAGCAAUGGCUUCACAGUCGACCUAAUCCACCGUGACUCCCCUUUGUCCCCUUUCUUCAACCCUUCCAACUCCCGAUUUGAUUCUUUACGGGAAUCUUUUCGCCGCUCCCAAGCACGCGCCGCCUACUUCAAGAAACGCGCCGCUUUGGGCUCUGCUAAGUUCGUGGUUGACAUCGAGGUUAUCCCGGGAGAAUACAUCAUGAAGUUCUCGAUUGGUACGCCGCCGGUGGAGACUUUUGCCAUUGCCGAUACCGGAAGUGAUCUCACCUGGACGCAAUGCCUACCCUGCGUUCGCUGCUUCGACCAGGACUUUCCGCUGUUCGAACCUCAAAAGAGUUCGUCUUAUAGAUCCUUGCCGUGCAAUUCGCCCCUCUGCUCGGAGUUUUUCUGCGCCGCCGCCGGUAAUGUUUGCCAGUAUCAGUAUAGUUACGCGGACGAAUCCAAAACCGUCGGCGUGAUUGCCAACGAAACCCUGCUCCUUGGUAACGCUUCUUUCCCGAAUGUCGCGUUCGGUUGCGGCCACCAAAAUGGCGGCACGUUCACCGACGCCGCCUCCGGAAUUGUCGGCCUCGGCGGCGGCCCGGUCUCCAUCAUCACACAGUUGAGUAAACAUAUCGCCGGAAAGUUUGCCUACUGCUUGCCGCCACCCCAACCAUCGAAUAUCUCCACUCACAUCAAAUUCGGCCCCGACGCCGCCAUGGCUCCGGAUACCGCCGUCGUUUCGACUCCCUUAACCCCAAAAGCCCCGGCGACAUUUUACUGGCUCACCCUGGAAAACAUUAGCGUUGGGAACAAGACCUUGAGGAACAACCAAUCAUCUGAAACUCUCGGCCGGGAAAUGGGUAACAUCAUCAUUGACUCGGGAACGACAAUGACUUAUAUCCCGCCCGAUCUGUACGACCUUUUGGAAUCGGAGUUGAAGCGGCAGAUUAAGAAGACUCCGGUGAAUGAUCCGGAAGGCGUCUUUAAGCUCUGCUUCCAAACUAGCGGCGGCUUGGAGCUGCCAAGCAUCGUUGCACAUUUCACCGGCGCCGACAUUGAGUUGUCGCCGAAGGGUAUAUUCAUUUUUGUGGAUGAAAGCGUGGUUUGUCUGACGCUUUUCCCGGCGACGGAGAUUGAUCCCAUCUUCGGCAACUUGUCGCAGGUUGACUACAUUGUUGCAUAUGAUUUGGUCGGGAAUACUGUUAGCUUCAAGCCCGCUGACUGUUCCAAGUAUUGA